AUGAAAACAAACUCUCGGGUGCGACCUGUUGUGAACCAUAGUUUGAACUAUAUCUCUUGGCAUGAGACACUACCGAUCUAUUCGUGUGAUUUACAAAAUCGUCCCAACCUAACCAAUGAUAAUUACAGUAAUAAAUGUAGCAAUCCAAAGUCUAAUCGUAGUCCUUUAAGUGAACUAAAUCUGAAAAGUGUUAAAGAUCUUGAUCCUGAUUUAAAUUGGACAAGAUUGGCAACAGCCGGUGGCGAUAAUGUUGUUCGUUUAUGGCGUGUUCAGUUGAAUUGGUUACCUGGAGUUUUGAAAACAACUGUAACAACAAAGCAUGCUGAAUCUCAACCCACCACUAAUGCAACGGGAACUAAGAAAAAUCUUGGUGUUACAACAACGGCUGGUGCAACGCAGAAAACUGAUUUUAAACAAUUGGAACAUUUAACUUAUUUAGCUUCAUUAAAACGUCAUGAGAAACCUGUCAAUGUUGUUCGUUGGUCACCUUCAGGGGACUAUCUUGCAUCAGCUGGAGAUGAUUUAUUCAUCAUCAUAUGGUCGAAUCAAACGUCUACCAAUAAUGGAACAAUCAUGUCAAUGGAUAAUUCAUCUAAUUUAAAAGAUGAAGAAGAUGAUGAUAAUGCUAUAAAUUCAGAAAUCUGGAUUCCUUGUCGAAGUUUAAGACGUCAUCUGGAAGAUAUUUAUGAUGUUUGUUGGUCUCCAGAUGAACGUGCACUUAUAUCCGGGUCUGUUGAUCAUUCAAUCAUAAUCUGGCACCUUGACUUAAUUCCAUCACCAUCAUCUACUCUACCAGCUGAAGAUUUUAGCAGUGUUGGAGAAAUGGCCUCAGAGAACAACAAUGUGAGUCGACCUGAAAAUGCACCUAUGCCAAGUAUGAAUACCAAUCAGGCUACAAUCAAGACCUUAAUUCUGCGUGAUCAUAAACAUUAUGUGCAAGGUGUUGCUUGGGAUCCAUUAGGAUUCUACGUUGCCAGUUUAAGCAGUGAUCGAGCUUGUCGGAUAUAUCGUGCGGGAACUAAAAAUUGUUUAGCACACGUGUCCAAAGCUGGAAAACAACGUCUGUUUCAGGUAUGUUUAUGA